UGUGUGAAAAAAAAAAAAAAAAGAGCCUACUUAUGCUUCCGGGGUGUGUCCUCCGAAUGAGGGGAAUGGCAGUGCCUUGGGGCGAAGGCAACGAGCGAGCGGCCGCACCAAAACGGCGAGAGAGAAAGGGAGGGAGAGAGAGAACGCCGAGUUCAGACAGUUAGGCCGUCGUUGUCGGUCCGGCCACCGCCGCCCAACUGUCCUCUUGUAAACCUUUGGAUUAUUAGAUAAUAAAUCGCUUGGCUUUGCUUCGGCGAUGAGAGCUGGGCUUCGAGGUCUCUCGCUCGCCAGAUCACAGCCGGAGACGGCUUGUCCUCCUCCUCCGCGGUGAGCGAAGAAAGGGAGGGGAGGGAGCAAGGAUGCCGCUCGUGCGGUUCGAGGUGAGGAAUGAAUACCGGCUGGGAGAUCCGGAGCUCUACCGGGGGCCGGCCAAGAAGGAGGACUCCAAGGUUCUCUUGGAUGGGGUUGCGGUCGCGGGGCUCGUUGGGAUCUUGAGGCAGCUGGGCGAUCUCGCCGAGUUUGCUGCGGAUGUUUUCCAUGACCUGCAUGAACAAGUGACAACGACAGCUGCAAGGGGGCGUAAAAUGUUGACUCGAGUAAAGAACAUAGAAGGAGCACUUCCAUCACUUGAGAAGGCCAUUCAUGGUCAAACAAGCCAUAUACAUUUUGCUUAUGUAGCAGGUUGUGUCUGGCAUGCCGAUCUCCAAAACCAGCAGAGUCGCCUCCUAUCUAAUGAAUUGCCAUGCUUUAUGAUGGAUUUCUAUGAAGAAUGUCGUGAUCCACCACGUUUGUACCUGCUUGACAAAUAUGAUAGUGCUGGUGCUGGAGCUUGUUUAAAGAAAUAUUCAGAUCCAUCCUACUUUAAGAGAUUUUGGACUUUGUCAGAAUCAGAGAAAGGUGAACAUGCACAGAAAGAAAAGAAAGCUCAGAAGAUCAAGAGAAAAGGAUCGCGUCUGAGGAAUGGAGAAGUUCAUGCAGCACACAUAUCGCGGCACAAUAGCUGCCUAGCUAGCAGCUCACCUUUUGCAUCUCCAAGCACUGAUGCACGAAGCUUUUCAAGCCAGAAUUUAUCGACACCUGAUAUGAGAUUAAAUCCUGAACUUGCUAGUGAAUCAAGAAUGUCUUUUGGUUCAAAGAUUUGGUCGAGCUGUGUUAAAGAAGUUUUGGAUACAAGCCGUUCAGUGGUGUCUGAUGACCAAGAAUAUGAUAGAGUUUCUGAUUCUAAGUUAGAUAUGAAACACAGUGGUUCUUGUGCUUCUGUUUUACAUGAUGAACCUAAUGGAGAUGUUGGAGAAGAUAAUUCUCAACAUGAUUCUUUGCAAGGGCAAAGCAUUGACAGAUACUCUUCUGUUACUUGGGAUGAAAAAACUGAAAUUGUUAAGGCUGCAAGUCCCAUAUCAUGUGAUGACAUAAUUGUGGAUAAGGUCCAAGAUUCAGAGUCUCUGCCAGUAAACUCUGAGCCACCAAAAGUGGAUCAUACCAAAGUUAGAGUCUCAGAUCAAGAGGACAUUUUGUUUGAUAUUGCUAAAGUAUCAGUAUCAUUAUCUGGUGCAAACCGCAUUGAUGAAAUCACAAGUGAGACAGACAACUAUAUGGAUGCACUCAAUACACUAGAAUCUGAGACAGAGACAGAAGCAGAGUGCCAAACCAAACGGGAAGUGAACUCAGUGUGUAACUCUAGUUCUCAAGGAAUGGAAUCUGGAACUAGAGAGAUGCUGGAGACAGCGGGGAAAAUUCCUGAUUCCCAUGAUAAUGAAGCUCUGAAUGCAUCUGAUGGGCUCUUGAGCCAAGAUCUGUCUCCAAAAUUUUCAAACUUAGUAUCUUCAGAUUGUCUGGACAGUAUGCAGUCACCUCACAUGACUGACUCGCCUUCAACCUCAAAGUGCUCUGUUGACAAUGAUUUUUCUGAAAAUAAUGUUCAUGAUAUUAUGAGAAUGAAUGUCUAUGAAGGCAUUGAUGGUGAUCCAUCUGCUGAUUCAAGCAUUCCUAGUUUGCAAACCAGGUUGGGCAGUGAAGCUCCUGUUGAAACAUCCAUCUCUCAACAUUCUCCUUCUGUUGAUACUGCUGACGUGUCUUCCAUUAAACUCUGGACAAAUGCUGGGCUUUUUGGAGUUGAGCCUUCAAAACCUCCAGACCUUGGUGUUCCAAAUAUUGCAAGCGAGAAUAUUGUAUCUGAUCCUAAAAGUUAUGCAUGUGAUCUUUCAAGCUACACAGGGAAGACUAAGUUGCAUGCUAGUGGAUUAGCUUCCAAAUCAGACACUAAAGAUAUGCCGAAUGAAAUCAUAUCAAAUGUUUUUGGCUCUAUGGACAAAAUGGCUGGGACACUACGUACUUCGAAUUCCUCAGUCCAGUGUAAUUUAAGUGGUGAUCAAUUGUUUGUCAGAACAUAUGAUGUGGUGCAACAGAAUGAUCCAUCCAAUUGUUCCCCAUCUUUCAACACACAUGAACAUGAGGGUAGGCCUGUCAAGCAGAUAUCACCUUGUUCCCCAUCUUUUACUAGCAUUCAUGCUCACUCUGAUGAACCUGUUGUAACAAGAAACAAUGGUGUUGCUCCUAAAGCUGAACUAUCAGCUGCUCAUAAUAUUGAGUCACAAUGCAGUGAAGCUGGCCCAAACACAAACAUUAUGUCAUCCAGUUUUACUGGCCUUGCACAGAGAUUUCUUGUAAAUACUCUUCAAAGAAAAGCAUCACCUAUAUAUGCUGAUAUUCCUAUGCCGACUGGAGUGACGAAUGCUGAACAAAGGAAGUCAGAUGAGAGCUGCCUUGCGAAUAACCACAAGAAGGUACCAACUGGAGUUGUAUCUCAGGAGUCCAAUGAAGAGAGUACCAAAGAAAAGAUUGGCAAUGGAUCAUUAAAAAAGUCUCUCUCUUCUACUUCACAUUACUCAGAGCAAUCCUCUCCGCCACUUGAACACAUGAAGAUCUCUUUUCAGCCUUUGAAUGGCUUGGACUCCAGAUUGAAACUGGAAUUUCCCAAUGGCAAUCUCCAUGAAAGCAUUGAAGAUUUGAUGUUUCCAUCAUUUCAAUUGCUUCCAAGGUCCAGUGUUCCUUUGCCAGACAGUGGCUCUGAUUCAGAUGAUGACACAUUCUGUAGAUCUUGUCCAUAUUCUUCUGAGGAUCCUCUCAGCCCUCGCUCGUAUUCGAACUCUGAGCUAUGGGAACAAGAGGUAAGAAAUGGAUGUGAAGACCAUGAGAUAUAUGGUGAUUCACAAGCAAUUUCAUCUUCAACAGCAUCCCUCUCUAGCUACAUGGGAUUUGAGCAAUUGAACCAUUCCAGCAUAGAUACAGUCGGCAGAUAUGUGUAUUUGGAGGCUGAGAAAGGCACAGGGUCUUUUCAAUCUGGUUCGAUAGUGGACCUCCCAGGUCUUGAAUCUGUUAUCUCUUUGAAAAAUCAACAAGGAAGAGAUGAUCCAGUGACAUCUACAUUGCAAUCCCAAGAUCAGCUGCCACCACCGCCACCUCUCCCUCCAAUGCAGUGGAGAAUAAUGAAGACAUUAAUUGCUUCAGGAGAGGAUAGGGAUGCUAAUACUGCUGACAGUGUUAACCAGUUGGGUGGUCUACAAACUCCAAAACUUGCUUCUCAGCAGCAAGUACAAAGUGCUCCAAAAAAGCCACCACAUAUUUCUGCGGUGAUUGCACCACAUCUCAAAGAGAAUACACAAGAUCAGCAGAAGCUGAACGGGCACAAAGAGUCAAAUCAUGUUGCUAAUAACAAGGAAUUGGAUUUAAGAGAAGAGUUGCUCCAUCAAAUCAGGAACAAGCAUGAUCAGCAGAAACUAAAUGGACACGAAAAACUGGAAAAUGAGAGUACUAGCAAUAAGGAAGAGAUGCUUCAUCAGAUAAGGAACAAGACAUUUAAUCUGAAGCGUGCCACAACAUCAAAGCCAACUAAUGUUCCACAACCUACCACCAAUGUCAAUGUUGCUGCAAUCUUGGAGAAGGCAAAUGCAAUUCGCCAGGCAUUUGUGGGUAGUGACGAGGGUGGUGAUGAUGAUAACUGGAGUGAUGGGAGACUUUCUGGCGGCAAAAGUUCAGGAUGCAAUGGAUUCUGGAGGGAGAUAAGAAGACAGAGGAACAAAAUUCGGAGCAUCAGAGACAAUGAUAGCCAGAUGAUAGAGGAUGCAAGGAGUAUCUGCCGGAAGCUUCUUCAGCGAGGGAGCGAGAGAGGUGGGGAGAGGGAGAGAGAGAUGUCGAAGAAUUCGCUGGAGAGGCAUGCGUCGAUGGACGCGAAGCUGAGGCUUCUGGCCCCGGGGAAGGUGUCGGAGGACGACAAGCUGGUGGAAUACGACGCCCUGCUCCUGGAUCGCUUUCUUGACAUCCUCCAGGACUUGCACGGCGAGGAGAUCAGAGAAACGGUUCAAGAGUGCUAUGAACUUUCUGCCGAGUAUGAGCGGAAGCAGGAUCCAAAGAAGCUGGAUGAGCUGGGGAAUGUGCUCACGAGUCUGGAUCCUGGGGAUUCUAUUGUGGUUUCCAGUUCAUUUUCCCACAUGCUUAACUUGGCCAACUUGGCUGAGGAGGUCCAGAUCGCCCAUCGGCGGAGGAUCAAGCGGAAGAAGGGAGAUUUUGCUGAUGAGAAUUCCGCAACCACCGAGUCGGACAUUGAGGAAACUUUUAAAAGACUUGUUGUGCAGCUGAAGAAGUCACCUCAGGAGGUCUUUGAUGCUCUCAAGAACCAGACAGUUGAUCUGGUUUUCACUGCACACCCAACUCAAUCGGUCCGCCGAUCACUGCUUCAGAAGCAUGCAAGGAUAAGAAAUUGUUUGGAACAGCUUAAUGCCAAGGACAUUACUCCCGAUGAGAAGCAGGAGCUUGAUGAAGCUCUUCAGAGAGAGAUUCAAGCUGCCUUUAGAACUGAUGAAAUCCGAAGGACGCCACCCACUCCACAGGAUGAAAUGCGGGCAGGGAUGAGUUAUUUUCACGAAACAAUCUGGAAGGGUGUCCCAAAAUUCUUGCGUCGUGUUGAUACGGCUCUGAAGAACAUUGGGAUCAAUGAGCGUGUUCCUUACAAUGCUCCUCUUAUUCAAUUUUCUUCUUGGAUGGGUGGGGAUCGUGAUGGAAAUCCUAGAGUUACUCCGGAGGUUACAAGGGAUGUAUGCUUAUUGGCUAGAAUGAUGGCUGCGAACUUGUACUUCUCCCAGAUUGAAGAUCUAAUGUUUGAGCUGUCAAUGUGGCGCUGCAGUGAUGAACUACGAGUUCGGGCUAUUGAACUGCACCAGUCCUCAAAAAAAGAUUCGAAACACUAUAUAGAGUUUUGGAAGCAAAUUCCUCCAAAUGAACCUUAUCGUGUUAUACUUGGUGAUGUGAGGGAUAAACUAUAUAAUACACGUGAGCGUUCUCGUCAGCUAUUGUCAAGUGGAUAUUCUGACAUUCCCGAGGAAGCAUCCUUUACCAAUAUUGAGCAGUUUCUGGAACCCCUUGAACUCUGUUACAGAUCACUUUGCUCUUGUGGCGACAAACCUAUUGCUGAUGGAAGUCUUCUUGACUUCUUGCGCCAAGUAUCAACCUUUGGCCUUUCUUUUGUGAGACUAGAUAUCAGGCAAGAAUCUGAUAGGCACACUGAUGUCAUUGAUGCUAUUACUAGGCAUCUUGGUAUUGGAUCAUACCGUGAUUGGCCUGAGGAACAACGUCAGGAGUGGCUGUUGUCUGAGCUUAGAGGCAAGCGCCCUCUAUUUGGUCCUGACCUUCCCCAAACUGAGGAAAUUGCUGAUGUUCUAGAUACAUUCCAUGUCAUAGCGGAACUUCCUGCUGACAACUUUGGGGCCUAUAUCAUCUCAAUGGCAACUGCUCCAUCAGAUGUGCUUGCAGUUGAGCUCUUGCAGCGUGAGUGCCAUGUGAAGAAGCCGUUGAGAGUUGUGCCAUUGUUUGAGAAGCUAGCAGAUCUUGAGGCAGCACCUGCAGCUUUAGCCCGCCUCUUCUCAAUAGACUGGUACAGAAAUAGGAUUGAUGGCAAGCAGGAGGUAAUGAUUGGGUAUUCAGAUUCUGGGAAGGAUGCUGGUCGUCUUUCUGCAGCUUGGCAAUUAUAUAAAGCUCAAGAGGAGCUUAUAAAAGUCGCUAAGCAAUAUGGAGUGAAGUUGACAAUGUUUCAUGGACGAGGGGGGACAGUUGGGAGAGGAGGCGGUCCUACUCAUCUUGCUAUAUUGUCUCAGCCGCCAGACACUAUUCAUGGAUCGCUUCGUGUGACAGUUCAAGGUGAAGUCAUUGAGCAAUCUUUUGGAGAGGAACAUCUAUGCUUUAGAACACUCCAACGUUUCACAGCUGCUACCCUUGAACAUGGCAUGCGUCCUCCAAUUUCUCCAAAGCCAGAAUGGCGUGCUCUGAUGGAUGAGAUGGCUGUGGUGGCCACGAAGGAAUAUCGCUCAAUCGUCUUCCAAGAACCACGCUUUGUUGAAUACUUCCGCCUGGCAACACCUGAGCUGGAAUAUGGCAGGAUGAAUAUCGGCAGCAGGCCAUCAAAAAGGAAACCUAGUGGGGGCAUAGAAUCACUCCGUGCAAUACCGUGGAUUUUUGCUUGGACCCAGACAAGGUUUCACCUUCCUGUGUGGCUUGGAUUUGGUGCAGCAUUCAAGCUUACCAUGGAAAAGGAUAUCAGAAAUCUUCAUACACUGCGAGAAAUGUACAAUGAAUGGCCAUUUUUCAGGGUCACAAUAGACUUGGUGGAGAUGGUUUUUGCUAAGGGAGAUCCGGGCAUUGCUGCUUUAUACGACAAAUUGCUUGUGUCUGAAGAUUUAUGGCCAUUUGGGGAGCGACUGAGAACCAACUAUGAAGAGACAAAACGCCUUCUUCUUGAGGUUGCUGGCCACAAGGAUCUUCUUGAAGGCGAUCCUUACUUGAAGCAGAGAUUAUGUCUCCGUGAUUCUUACAUAACCACUCUAAAUGUUUGUCAAGCUUGUACACUGAAGCAGAUCAGGGACCCCAGUUUCCAUGUCAAGGUGGGGCCACAUUUGUCGAAGGAGGUCAUGGAUUCUAGCAAACCAGCUGCUGAAUUAGUGAAGUUGAAUCCCACGAGCGAUUACGCCCCUGGGCUGGAAGACACCCUUAUCUUGACCAUGAAGGGUAUUGCUGCUGGCAUGCAGAACACCGGUUAGGUUGGUAAUUUAUUACAUGUUGCUUAGAUAUAUGUCAAGAAUCAUGUGUUGCCUCUGCUUGUUCAGAGAGUUCAGCAUGCCUUCUCACACUUUCAGAGCUUUUUGCAAUACUUGCAAGUGUUUCUGCAUUUUGUCAAAAGAAACUGUUUCCACAUUGCAGCUUCUCUUUAUUUAAAUAAUAAGAGCCUUUUGCUGGCUGGAAUGAUAUGCCAAAAUCUC